AUGAAAGGUGCCAUGCGAGUCUCCAUCGUGCUCCUCCUAGUAAUGGUGUCUGACUGUGCUGUGAUCACUGGGGCCUGCGAGCGGGACAUCCAGUGUGGGGCGGGCACCUGCUGUGCCGUCAGCCUGUGGCUGCAUGGGCUGCGAAUGUGCACCCCACUGGGGCGGGAAGGCGAGGAGUGCCACCCGGGCAGCCACAAGCUACCCUUCUUCCGGAAGCGCAAGCACCAUACCUGUCCCUGUUCGCCCAGCCUGCUGUGCUCACGGUUCCCAGACGGCAGGUACCGCUGCUCCAUGGACUUGAAGAGCAUCAACUUCUAG